CCCCGCCGGGACGGGUUUGUUCUGCGCUGCGGGACCCCCGCCCUGGGGCUGGGCUGAGCCGGGUGGCCGCGGCCCCGCCUCCCGCAGCCCUGGGUACCGGGGGGAUCGCGGGGCCCGCGCCCCGAAACGGCCCAGGAGGGACGUUGGUGGGGCCUGAGCUUCUGGAAGGGCUUCGGGGGGCGGCAGCCAGAGGGCCCCUUCAAACCGGAGAGAAGAAAGUGCGAGGGGUCAGCGGUGCCAAAAGCAGGAGGCAGACGAGCCAUGGGAGAAGUGACCCCGGGGCGGCUGCCGGCCGUGCAGGGGGGCUGGCGUGGGGGGCUCCACCUCCCCGGGGCCAGAGGACAGACUUUGUCCCCGCGGGUGGGGGACAGGCUGCAGCCCUGCUGCCCUGGCCGCGUAGACCUUGCCCCGCAGGCGGGCUGCUGGGCUGUAAACAAGCCACGCCGAGACGGGGGCUCUGCCGAGGUCUCUGAAAACCGCGGUGGCUGUCCCGGAGACCGCACACUCUGCAGGCUCUGGAACAAAGAGACGUUUGAUUACCUCCUGAGGCACCUGGGCUCACCAGCAGCGAGGGAAAUGGGACUUUUCCUCAUUUCUGGCUACAACUUGUUCACGCAGCCCGUGCCGGACCCAUCUUGGAAGAACAUUGUCCUGGGAUUCAGGAACUUAACACCAAAAGAGCUUGAACUCUUCCCCGGCUACAGCUACGGGUGGUUCAACACGGCGCUGAUGCUGGAGGGCAGGAGUUACCUGCCUUGGCUCACCGACAGGUUAACCGAGAGAGGAGUGAAGUUUUUCCACAAGAAGGUUGAAUCUUUCCAGGAGCUGUUUGCCCAGGGUGUGGAGGUUGUCAUUAACUGCACAGGGAUGCGUGCUGGGCACCUGCAGCCUGACCCGGAGCUACAGCCCGGCCGAGGACAGGUCAUAAAGGUCCAGGCCCCCUGGGUGAAGCAUUUCAUCAUCACCCAUGACAUCAAGUCUGGUAUCUACAACUCGCCGUACAUCAUACCGGGGAGUGAGUUCACAGUCUUGGGAGGCAUCUAUCAGCACGGCAACUGGAGCGAGGAAAACAGUGCCCAGGAUCACAAAACCAUCUGGGAGAACUGCUGCAGGCUGCUCCCUGCACUCCAGAACACGAAGAUCGUGGGGGAAUGGAGCGGCCUGAGACCCGCCCGGCCCCGCGUCCGCUUGGAGCGGGAGACCCGCGGCCCCGGGCAGUGCCCGGCAGAGGUGAUACACAACUACGGCCACGGCGGGUUCGGGAUCACCAUCCACUGGGGCUGUGCCAUGGAGGCAGCCAGGCUCUUUGGGAACAUCCUGCAGGAGAAGCAGCCAGGCAGCCCAGCGCUGCCCCGCUUGUGAGCCGCCUGCUCAGCCCGGGCUCUGCUGCCAACAGCAGCUCAGAAACCACAGCAGAGAGGUGUGGGCAACACCGUGACACACGGGGGCUGCUCAGCCCUCCCGCCAGCCCCAGCCCUGGCUCAUAGUGUCACAGCGUCUCCCUCUGGCUCAUAGCCGAGCUCCCUCCACCCUGGCCUUGCACAACCUGCCUGAAGGAACCGCUUCAAAACAUGGACUAGUUGUCUCUGACAAAGUGCACUUCUGUCCUGGGGACCAGUCUGCAAAGGGCAGGCAGGGCUCAGCUGAAAUCUCGACCAUCCUGCAGUUUAUCUGUAUGAUGGGACAAGACCAAAACUGAGCCAGUGCCACCUGAGGUCUUCCUGACUGCUCCGACCCCCAGUGUGUCAUCAGAUUUGCAAGAUUCCCCCAGGAGGCAGAAGCUCCUUACUAGGAAGAAGCUCUGAAGCUCCCAGGGAAGUAACAACUGCUCCAAAAGCACGUGCUUCAGCUACAAUAGCUUUUCUUACGUUCAUGCCAGGACAGAGCACUGGUCUCCAGCACCUGGUUAGUGUAUCUGGCAAUAGCAGCAGUUGCCUAAAAUGGGCUUUCCAAAUGAUGUUUUUAGCAACAAAAGCAACAUGUCCUAGCCCUGUGUGCUUGCCAGGCUCUAUAUAUAGCAGAGAGCAGCAGUUCUCAUCCCUAAAACUCCCACGGGCACUUCAGCUCCUCAUGUCUCCCAGGCUUGAGAUGUGGCUGGAGCAGCAGCUCUGAGCAGCUGACUGGGCAGGUUGUGCAUCCUGGAGGAGUGGGGAGAGGCCCCAGGAGGUGAUGGCAGUGCCCACUCAAUUUCACCUACUCCAGGUUCAAGAUAUUAAGGACCACAUCACUGCUGUGGAUCCAACCCUGAUUUCAGAAGAUUUCCCAAGAGCCAGGCUGGACUUGCAGGGCUGUAGCAAGUCAUGGUGCUGCUUGCACUAAGCAGCUGAUUCUUCUGGUCUUAGAGGCUGUAGGAGCAGCUGUCCUGAGGUCUGACACAGCAGAAAUGAUGAGAGGUGUGAUUUUAUUUGCAGUCUGAAUUUACUUUCUAAAAGGCCACAAUUUAAUGUGUGUGCACAAUAAAGGUAAUUUUCACCUA